AUGAUGGAUGUGAUGAAACAGCACUUUGCAGACGCGGAGAUGUUCUCUGUGCGGCUGCCCGCAGAAAGCACAGACUCUGACAGAAAACUCUUGCUCGGUAUAUGCUUAAUUAUUGUUUGUCAGAAAAUUUGCGGUUUGCCUUGUGAUGUAAUUGUAAGUGGAAAUCAAUUUGGGUUACAUUCAGAAGUGCUUUCAUGGUAUGAGGCACAUAGUAAUAAUUCAUCUAAAUAAAAAAACUGGAGAGUUAGCGAAUCGAUAGGGGAUAAAAUACGGCCUUUUCUUGUGUUGAAUAAGGAUGAUGCGAGAAUGACUAAAUGCUUAUACAUUUAGGUGCAGCGAUUAUGGUCGAGUACCAGUAUUACGAGGGUGACAACGACAAGACAGGUGGAGGUGAAGUGGGGGAAGCUCUAGGUGCUGGGAUGUUGUACUAUCCGGAGAAUUCGCCUACAGAUAAUGAGCGAGCGCAGCUCUACCGUGGAGCGGCCUACACUUAUGAAGACCACAACAAUUUGAUCACCUCGUUUCCCGGAAAAAGUAUUGUCAUCAUCUUGAAAAGAUACAGCAACGUGGAUGGGAAGAUGAAUCGAUUUACAAUGAAUAACUACACUUCUAGUACCUUCACAUAGACAGCAAACUGAUGCUCUUCUUAAUUUUUCUAAGGCAUUGCAGAAGGGGAUAUUUCGCUUUGUGAGGCUAGUGCGACGCCGCGCUUCGGCGCAAUCAGUGGGGGUUCUUCGGCUCCGAGACGGGAUGUUAGCCAAAGGCCACGAGCUUCAUACCUCGAUCGCUGGUCUGUCAUGCCUCCCUUCGGCAGUUUCUUCCAUUUGCCACAGUUUUCAAAAAAAUUGUUUUUCGGAACGGAAAAAAUACCUCAGCUGCAAAAACCAAAACAGAAUUUCAUGCGCCCAAGUCCAGAUGUAGAUGAGGAGGAAGAUGAUUUUAUACUCUGAUUCUGAUGCUGCACAUGUACCUCCGACGCAGGACAUACAUGAUAAGACAAGGGAGACGCAUCAAGUGACCUUCAUCGCAGCUUAGAACUUUCACCCAAUCUAGUGCUAAAAAGAAAGAUGCUGUAGUUCCAAAAAUAAGUACUAGAAUGAGGUCCGUCGUGUAAUUUACUACCGUUCGACGUAGAUCGUAGUACAACUUCGUCUCUUUACACCCCCCUUCUGAGCAUAUCCUUCAUUCUCCUUUGCAUAUUCAUGAAUUUUCUCCCCAUAAGAAUGAACACAGUGUGAAGCCCUAUUGCAUCGGCGAGCCCCAUAAUGUCGCCAUCUGUCACAUACAAGGUACCCUGUCAUACACACACUUGUCCCGAUUAUCAAUCAAAUCUCGUGAAAUCUCAUGAAAUCAUGGCCACUACCCCUCCUCGACUUUAGUCCUCAAGGAAACUUUACAAAAUAUAUCGCAUGAAGUAUUGCAUGUUUGUGCGCUUUUGACAGGUUUGUGCAUUCUUUCGUAUUUGUUAGAUCUUAUGUUGAUUCCUUCCACAUUACGAUGAUAGAAAUCCCCCACGGCACGCGCAUGAGCAUAGUUAAUGUUCAUAAAAUCCAGCGACCACUUAGUUUUUGAUCCGUACGCCAAAUGAAGCUGCUAGUUAAUGUCAUGUUAGUUCAUAACGCCAUGUUGAUUCUUUGCAGCGUCGAGGACGAGCAUGGUCGUCGUGGUGACACAGUAUAUUAGAAUAGCCCUUCGUAGUUUUUGUUGCAAAUGCAAAAAGUAAAAUGAUGGACACCUAAUGUCUAAUCAUUAACAGAUGUACAGCGACGAACGUAGACUGCACAUAAACCAAGUAUGGGAUUUCUUGGAGCUUUCAUCUCAUUAGCAACCCCUCUAUCACAGGCUAUCCAUAAAUGAAACACAAAUAGUUGCUGAAUAUCGUCAG